AUGCGUCUUGCAGAUGAGACUCCGUUGAUAACAACUUUUGAACGAACAACGCAAAGGCUGUCGAAUAGCAAUGCAGAUGUUCGAAAAAAUAGCCUUGGAGUAACGAUGGAUCGAGCGAAGAGAUAUGGCAGCAUGCGAGGCCAGGAACUCGCCGAGACCGUUGCUAAAGUCGCUGGACGAGCGUUCCCACCAUCCUUGGCUCAGUCAGAAAGUUCGAAGAUUGCUACACCAACACGAAAGCUUAUUUCGCAGUGGGAGUCCGUUGUCCCUGUGUUGACCAGUUCUGGUGAGUAA